UCUCCGCUCCGCUCGAACCGAAUUUUGUCAAGUUUGUGAUGAAAAGUACAUAUCACUGCAACUCUCCGCACCCAUUAUCACUGACGCCCCACCACCUCAACAAUGUUCAAAGCCAUCACUUUCAUUGCCUUCACUGCCCGAUCAGUCUUUCAGGCCAUUUCCAGCACAUAUAUGACGAGCUGCAUGCAUCCUGUCUCCCUCACCUCCCCUAUCAUCUCACUCGCUCGUGAGAACACACUCACGCAUAUCAUCCCCUGCGCGCUCGCGCUCACGGCCUCAUCAUGGCCCGCGGUCGCCUUCGCCGCGUCAUCGGCAUAUGCGUUCGCGCUUCACGCUCCGCGACACCCACCACAACUCCUGUCGGUAGCCUCGCGCGCCGCUCGUCCCCCCAUACCACUGCCGUCCAAGCUCCUCCCACCGGCUCCACUUGGUCACACUUCCAGCUCCCUUCUUCUUUGCGUGCAACUCCCCACAUCCGCCUUCCACUCCCUGUGUUUACAGCCCCCACCAACGUCUCCAAAUUCCCACUCGCUGCUUCACCCACGCCGACCAAAUCUCACCUACGUUUGCGUCAACCUUCAGCUCCUCGGCUCCCGGCACCCACGACGCUCGCCUCUUCCGUCUGCUCUCCGAACAUCACAAGCUCAACCGCUACCGGCGUCUUCACGCACACACGCUCCGCCUCCGUAGCACUGGCUGCUGUGGAGUCUGCCCCCGACCUCCCGCCCGCCUCGUCUCUAAUUCGCACACCCACCACCUCCCCGCUCGGAGUCACAUUCUUCCCACCCUUCACCCCGAAGCGUCCCAUCCUCCGCCGCUUCGUGGCCGGUAUUCUCAAAAUCUCGGGCAAGGCGCCGCGUGAGAAUGUGAGCAACAGCAUGGGCACGUUAUCCACGACCGUGGCCCCAGGCGGCUCGAAGAGCUGGUGGAGCCGCACCCAGAGCUGGCUGGAGGGCGUAAGCUCCCUCGAGGCCAGCCCGACGCAGACCCUCUCCGCGAGCGAGGCCACCGAGGACGACUGGCACUCCACAUCGAGCGAGAACGGCAGCGAAGAGUGGUGGGGGCCUGGACCACCCGAGACGCCCUGUCCCGUCCGCCACGGCAGGCCUCUCCUGCACGCUCCCCACCAGAGGCACGCCCGCUCGCACUCGACGCCGGAGCUACAGAAGCUCAUCCGGCGCCCGCCUCCGCGCACGCCGUUCCGCCGCUUCUCGCCGACCAUCACCCCGCCCGUGUGCAACCUCGUGCGAGACAUGUCCCUUCUCUCGCCCGUACAUUUUCGCCACGGCUACGUCGUCGUCCCGGGGACCCCGCCAUCGCCGUCGCCGGCGCCACCUCGUCGGCGCCGUCAGUACCCGCCUAUACAAGCGCCGUCGCCGAGCAUCAUCAAGCGUUUCUGGAAGUGAGUCGUCAGUGUAGGUCAAAGCUUACAUUAGCAUUAUCCGCGCAUACCUCACCAAGCUUUGGAAGGCCGUCAGCUGGAAAAACGCCUUACCCCAAACCCCGCGCCGCCACCGCCGCAGCGCAAGCGAGCCUCUUUUGGGCCGCCCGCACACCCUAUACGCGUAGGCGCAGAGUCGCAGCAGGCUGCACUUGACAGCCGGCAAGUGUGACUGGACGCUCCGCGGAAGUUUCGUACCAUGACACUGUAAUCAAGACC